AUGCCCGAUCACCAGAAGCGGGGUAAUUCUGACGAUAACAACCCCCAAGCAACACACCCUAAACCAGGAAAUGAGGAAAACACACCAGUGGCGUCCGACCAUGAUGGCGCACAUACUGAAUCGCUAGCCUCACGUAUCCAGAAAUCAGCUUCCGGCCUCGCGAGAAAUGCUUUUCUCUCCUCUGCUCCCACCGGGGAUGCCGCGCAGCUCUUGUCCGACGGUAGCAAGGCUACGCCAUCCUCGUCGUCGUCCUCUGCCCUAGCAGCUGCAGCGCAAUACAGAGAGACUUCUGGCCCUGCUUCCUCGUCCUCACGAGAUCAGUCUGGUCAAGGGUACUCGGAAACAUUUAGAUCCUCGGUCACGACUCAGCCCGGAGGCUUCGAACUCCCUGGGCUUUCGGAAAAAGAAUUUCAAUCUACAUACCGCGAGGAUUUUACAAAUGUACUAAAUGAUACCAGCAAAGGGAAGGGCAAAGGUAAGGAAACGAUCAAUGCCUCCUCCACAGCAGACCACUACCUCGACCCAACACCAACCCUCCUACCAACCGACGGCGACGCGGUAGUCUCGCUCCUCACAGACACAAAUUUCGACCCCGAAUUCCCUCCAUCCGCCGAUGAGCCCACAGAAUUCGUCGAGACGGAACUCCAAUUGUCUCAACUCACCCCAGAUGAGAUCAAGAUGAUCGAGUCCUUCCGACGGCAACUACCUCUGGAGCUGCAAGCGCAACAAAAUCCAGGCUCGUCUACCCAGCUGAGCUCGCUCAGUCUCGUCCCAGCCAUCGGCUCGUUUUUAGAGACCAUCCCUAUGUCGAAUGCAACUACAAGCCAUGCAACAUCCCUCCGAGAUGAGGUCCUGACUAGCUUGCCCGGCGCUGCCGACUGGAUUGCUGUGGAGGAGAAAUACCAUGAUGAGGUCUGGGGAUACCUACAGCCCACGCUUGAGGCUGCGGCCAAGGAGAUAGAAUCGCGCAAGGAGUCGGCAAGCACCGAGGACGGGCCUGCAGUCCGGCGAUUGAAGAUGAUAUUGAAGCACAUGCAGCAUUGA